UCACAAAGUUCAUAUGUCAUCAAUAAUUGUCGUCAUUUAUGAAAAUGUGACAAAGUGACAAUUUGCAUGACGUAAAAUCAAAAAGUUAAUUUAUUUCGCUAGUGUUUAUAGAAUUCAUUCUAAAAUAUGUUUUAAUUAUAAAACUAUAACUUAGUUAACUAUAUAUAAAAUAUAUUCUCAGCAUCAUGGCGCGACACAGAGAUAUUAGAAAUAUGGACUAUUCAGAUGACUACGACGGCUACGACGAUGUUUAUGGACAUUCUGUGGAUGAUGAUUUUUUUGAAUCCCCGAGCAAUAAACAGUUCAUUUAUAACAGAGACAUGUCACAGAGAAGUUCCGAGGGGGACAUUAAAGAAGAAGAUGAGCAAGAGGCUGAAUUAUCAGAUAGUGAUAGAGCCAAAUUAACAUCUUGUAUUGCUCAGAUUAAUACAACCCUGGAGUCUGUUAACAUUUCUAGGAAUGAUUUAGUCAAUAUUAUAAUAAAAUCGAAGUUUGAUGUAGAGAGGUCUAUAAACACGAUCUUAGAAGACUCACAAUAUAGAACAGCUACUAUUGAAAAAGUAGUUACUCAACCAGAAAUAGUUCAAACUCCUCAGAUCGAACAGACGAAGGUGAUCUCCUCCACUCCGAAAACCGUUACCAACAUCACGAAGGGUUUUGAUCUGCCACAAAAAGGUAGCUUCACUCCCAGAUCUCAAUCUCCAGCAUCUGGGAAAGCCUUCACGCCCAGAUCUCAAUCCCCUGCGUCUGGGAAAAUCUUCACUCCUAGAUCCCAGUCGCCUGCUUCUGGUAAAGUUACGCCAGUCAAUAACCAUACUUUGGACUUUGCCGAGGAAGUGAAGCAAGCCAAAGGCAGAGAUAGCAAGUUUGAUCCACAGCAGCUGUACCAAAAGGAAAGGGGAGAUGAGAAGGAGCACCUGUAUAUGGUUGUGAUUGGGCAUGUCGAUGCUGGGAAGAGUACGUUGAUGGGCAGACUUCUCUGUGAAUUGGGGCAGGUUAAUCAAAAAGUAUUGCACAAAUAUGAACAAGAAAGUAGAAAAUUAGGAAAACAAAGUUUUAUGUACGCCUGGGUUUUAGACGAAACCGGAGAAGAACGUAAUCGUGGUAUAACAAUGGACGUUGGUCGAUUUCAAUUUGAAACCAAAACUAAGGCGGUAACACUGUUAGACGCACCUGGUCACAAGGACUUCAUUCCCAAUAUGAUUUCCGGAGCUGGCCAAGCCGACGUAGCCCUUUUGGUUGUUGAUGCAACUCGAGGCGAAUUUGAAUCCGGUUUCGAUCACGGAGGACAAACGAGAGAGCACGCUUUACUCGUUAGAUCUCUCGGAGUAUCUCAACUGGCUGUGGCCAUCAACAAACUGGACACGGUUUCUUGGUCACCGGAGAGAUUCAACGAAAUUUUAAAGAAAUUGAAGGCUUUCCUGAAGCAAGCCGGAUUCAAAGAGUCUGAUGUCACGUUUGUACCUUGUAGUGGAUUGACUGGACAGAACUUGGUGAAGAAACCUACAGAGAGUGAGCUGUUGCAGUGGUAUGACGGGCCUUGUUUAUUAGAUGUUAUAGAUAAAUUCCGUUCCCCAGAUAGGCCCAUUUCGAAGCCCUUUAGACUUUCAAUCAAUGAUGUUUUCAAGGGUACUGGUACUUCGUUCUGCGUCUCAGGAAGGGUCGAAACUGGUACGCUAAGCGUAGGCGACAAGGUUCUCGUAUGCCCCAACAGAGAAGCGGCCGUGGUAAAAUCGCUGGCGAUUGAAGAAGCCUCAAAAACAGUCGUGUUUGCAGGUGACCAAGUCACAGUGGCGCUAUCUGGAGUAGAAAUGCAGAACGUCUUCAUAGGAAACAUCCUCUGUGAUCCCCAGAGUCCCGUUCAGGUUGCGUCUAAGUUCCUGGCUAGAAUAGUUGUUUUCAAUGUGACAGUACCUAUUACAAAAGGAUUUUCCGUGGUGCUACACCACCAAUCUUUAGUAGAACCAGUAAUUGUGAGUAAGCUGAUUACGCAAUUGAAUAAAAGUACUGGAGAACUGGUGAAGAAGCAUCCUAGGUUCUUAGGUAACAAUACAAGUGCCAUUGUCGAAAUUCAAGUGUCUCGACCUAUAGCUCUUGAAUUGUAUAGCGAGUGCAAGGAAUUGGGGAGAGUCAUGCUUAGAGUAGGGGGUGUAACUAUUGCUGCUGGACUUAUUACACAAAUUAUACUGUAGGUUUUAUUGAGUAAACAUUUUUACAUUAUA